GAGUCUUGCAAUGAAAACGAAUUUCAAUGUUUUGGAGGCGGCUGUGUAAAAGAUGACUACGUUUGUGACCAAAAACCGGAUUGUUCAGACGGCAGUGACGAAUCGGCCGAUGCUUGCAUUGAUAUGAUCUGCAAUAAAGAGGGAUAUUUUAAAUGUGAUGGAAGUUGUGUACCCAAUGAUUGGUUUUGUGAUGGAGAACUAGAUUGUGAUGAUGGUGCUGAUGAA